CGCCUGCGCUGCUUCUCCUCCUGGCGGCUCCGAACUUCUGGAGCCGGUCUGCCUGAAGGCCCUCAGCUCCUGACGUGGUGCUGAGGCUCGUGACCCCAGCGCCCCGGAGGAGGGGCUCGGCUGAACGCCGGAGCCUGUCGAAAGAAGGAUGCCACGGAGAAAGAAAAAAGUUAAAGAAGCUUCUGAAGCUCAGAACCUGGAGAAGAAAGAUGCAGAAACUGCCAGUUCGGUCAACGUGAAGAGGAAGCGUAAACUUGAGGAUGCAUUCAUUGUGAUAUCCGAUAGUGAUGGAGAGGAACCGAAGGAGGAGAAUGGAUUGCAGAAAAUGACGACUAAACAGUCAAAUAGAGGAAGAUGUUUGGCUAAAAGAAAAAAAAUUGCACAAAUGACAGAAGAAGAACAGUUUGCUCUGGCUGUCAGAAUGAGUGAGCAGGAGGCCAGGGAGGUGAACAGCCAGGCGGAGGAGGAAGAGGCGCUCCUGAGGAAAGCCAUCCAGGAGAGCCUGAGUAAUGACUGUGGCCAAGGCGAUCAGGCUAGUGAAAAUGAAAAAAAUGAAGGCAUCUCAGAAGAUACGGGAGAUGAAGACAAAGAGGAAGAGAGGCAGGAGUCUAGGGCAUCUGUCUGGCACUCAAAACCCAAGAAUUUCCAGGAAAGCCCAAUUAAAAGCUUAAAAGAGAAACUUCUGUCAAAGGAAGAGCCAACAACCAGUCAUGAGUCUUCCCAAGGGCUAUUUGCUGAGGAAACUUCUGAAGAAGGAAACUCUGUACCUGCCUCACAAAGCAUUGCUGCUUUGGCCAGUAAGAGAAACUUAGUCCUUAUGCCGGAGAGUUCUGCAGAGGAAAUCACUGUGUGUCCUGAGACACAGCUAAGUUCCCCUGAAACUUUUGACCUUGAAAGAGAAGUUUCUCCAGGUAGCAGAGAGUCCCUGGAUGAAGUAAGAAUAAUAAUGGCAGAUAAGGAGGUUGGUAACAGGGAAGAUGCUGAGAAGGAAAUACCUGUUUCUACCUUCCCAUCCAGUACCAAGGUAUCCUGCCCACUGUGUGACCAAGGCUUCCCACCCACGAAGAUUGAGCGACAUGCCAUGUACUGCAAUGGGCUGGUGGGGCAGGAUACAGGUCUUCCCAGUGGACUGGAAGCAACAGCGAGGAGGAAGAGGAUAUCCACCCCGACUCCAGUGUCAACUUGGAGAAAAGUAGAGGCCCAGAGCAAGAGUGACAGUGGGACAGCUGCCCAGACUGCCCUGGACGUUGAGAAGAAUGAGAAGUGUUAUCUCUGUAAAUCCCUGGUCCCAUUCAAAGAGUACCAGUGUCAUGUGGAAUCCUGUCUCCAGCUGGCAAGGGGUGACCAAGGAGACGGGCCUGCAGAGAGUGGGAGAGCGCACUUGGCCGUGGAGGGGAAGCAGCAGCAGUGGCCGCGGAACCCAAAGGAAAAAGGACGCAGUGAAGGCCGACUCCUCAGUCUCUUGGACCAGUCUGAGCACAAGGCUGAAGAUGCAAAGAUAAAGACCAAGUCUUCAGAAACAGUGGCCUUCAGGGUGCCCUCCCCGGGGAUGGAAGAGGCAGGCUGCAGCAGAGACAUGCAGAGCUGCUCCCUUGCACAACUCGACUUAACCGAGUCUCCCAUCAAGUCUUUCGUUUCCAUUUCAGAAGCCACAGAUUGCCUAGUUGACUUUAAAAAGCAGUUUACUGUCCGGCCAGGUAGCCGGACACGGACCAAAGCAGGCAGAGGAAGAAAGAGAAAAUCCUGAAUUUCUAGUGUCUAAAGGCUGACAAGACCGUGAGCAGUAGGGGUGGCCGUGCUCACCAAGCCUUGGUGGCCCAGUUCGUUGCUGAGCAGGUCGUGGCCCUGCCAUCCCUGCCGUGAGCACUGCUCAGCGUUCCGGUUUCAUGUUUUCUAUGAUCUGUAUGGACAUCAGUGUAUAGUGUUCUGUUUUAUAACAGCCUGUUUGAAUUCGCUUGUAGUUCAAAGAAAAUUUAAAUAUAUUUAUCUAUGUUUGUAUGAAAUCUUAUUUCAGUGAGAUGGAGCUUCCUUUUUUCCCCUGUGUGUUACAGGGUCUGGGGAGGGGCUGUUUUAAUUGUGGAGCUAGUUCUCAGACAUAAAUUUCAUGUUCCUGAA